AUUAUUAUUAUUAUUAUUAUUACUUCAAUUUUAUAUCAUUGAUAAAAAAACAUCCGUUGUGCUAUUUGAACAAAUGAAAGUAAAAGGAAAAAGAGAAACGUCCGGAUAGAUAGCUCUGAUGCAAUUGUCACUUACUAACAGUCUCUAUGUUUUAUACACACCUAUGCUCUCGACACGAUUUCGCCAUUGAGGCCAGUGGCCAGUUGUAUGAACAGAGCCAUCAUAACAUUUGACCGGAGAACUUGAAGAACUCUUGUAUAGUGAAAAACAUUUUUUGAUGACGUGUCUAUGAAUGGAAGAAGGGGCGGAAGAUUGAGUGAGAGGGAAAAAGAAACGAUAGAAAGGCAGUAGUGAGAGCUGGGCUGCAAUAAGAAACGGAAAGCGUAAGGAGGAGGAGGAAGGGCAAAGGUAGAAGAGAGGAAGGAAGAAGAGAUGGAGAAAGGGAGCGAGAAGUUUCCAUAAGUUUGUCAUUCGAACUGUUCACCCCACGGAGUAAUGUACAGGAGAAAAUGAUUGAGGUUUAUAUAUAAUGAAGAAAAGGGAGCGCUUACACAGUCAAAAGUGGAGUUUUAAAAAAAUUGAAGUGAAAUAAAAUAAAACUCAUCUAAGAUCCUAAUUAAUUAAUUCUUUGGUGGAUUGAUUAUUUAAGAGGUUAACGGAAGUGAAUGUUUAAGUUCUCUCUGGCAUGAUGGUCAUUGAAUCAAAUGUAGAGCCGUGAUCUUUAUACUUAUAUCAUACCCGAGGUACACAGGAAGGAUGCAAACUCAACACCGAGAGAUAUUGAAACACACGUCAACUUUAUAGUACUGCUUCUGAUUAUAUCGAUUCUUUAUGUUGUUAUAGAAAGAGUUAUAAAAUUCCAGAUUCAUAUUAUUGAUGUGUUCCAACCCAUUGACCAUUCUUGCAAAGUAUUCAUAUCGUAACAUUACUAAAGGAAUGUGUGCCUCAAUAAAAAGAAUAUAACGGAAUAAUUUAAAACUUGCAAGAAUAUAUUCCACUAAUUACAUAUCUGGACAUUUUAAUUCAAUUAGAUUAUUUAUUGAAAACUUGAACUGAAAGAACUCUACAAGUAUCAAGUGUAAAUUGAUAUUUGUCUCAAGAGGAUAUAUCUCUACUAUUGAACCAAAUACUUAACACGUCAGCUUAUUCUGGAAAGAGAUUUUUCCAUAUAUACAACUCCCAAAAUAUUUACCAUUUUAUGCCAUCAAAAGAAAACAAUAUACCAAAUACACAUAAAAACGUAAAACAAAAUCAUAAGUAAACUAGGUUUAUAAGUCAAUGAAAUUGGUUUCAUAUUUAAACCAUAAAAAAUAUAACUGUAUACAUCUCUAUUACUUCCUAGUUUUCACACUUAAUAAGAAGACACUUUCUUUCUUCAAUCGAUUUUAAUUAAAGCUUUAAAGUACACUUAGCCAAAGUUCCCAAUUUUUUAUAUCCCUUAUUUUCCGUUAGGAGUGAAAAGCGGAAUAAUAAUUUAGGUUUCACAAUUCUGUGAUUUAAAAAAAGAAAAAACAAUAUAUAUAUGUACAUACGCACAAUCAAGAUAUAUAUAGAAAGAAGAAAGGAAAAUUGCUGUAAUUAUAUUCUUUAAAUUAACCAUUAUUGUUUGUGGAAAAAGGCUCGGACACAACGUUACUAUAGCCGAUCAAUAAAAGAGAACUAUAAAGCAAACUAUUUCCUACAGAAUCAAUUUAAAAAAAGACAGACUACAUAAAACAGGGUAUGAGGAAUACAAAAAAGAAUAUUUGCUUCUCUAUACAUUCAUUCAUAUUUGUUACAUAUGAUUAAACAAAAAAUAUAUAGGAGAUUGUUCUGUUGAUGUACAACUUAAUAUAUCAACAACAAACAGUUACUGUUCUGAUAUACCUUAAUAUUGACUACCAUUUUACGCACAUCCAUCAAAUACAUAAACCAGAAAAAAUAGUCUAUUCAUUGAAAUUUUAAGAAAUUUACAUUUGAAGUGGGCGGACACGGUAAAGUGAUAAACUGGUAAAUUACCCGAGAACCAAGUCCACCACAUAUUUGUUUCGAUUCCCGGUUGUAAUUAUACCUUUUGAAUACAUUACGAACGUCCCCGUGAAGUGCAUUUAUCCUACAUAAUCUUAUUUCUCCCUCUUAUACGUCAUGGACAUUUGCGCCUGUGUAACGAAUGCAUUGGUUAAUAUGAUGCAGCUUUCAUGAAUGCUAUUACAACUUAUUCUUUCAUCAAUUUUUGUAUCAAACUAUUUAAACUAUCCUAAUUUUUAUAGCAAUCAGCUGUGUUGACAUUAAAAAUCAAUCGAUUUAACAUUCUGCCCAGUGAAUAUAACACGCAGCCAUAUUGCAUUUAAUUCUAUCUAUUGCUUAACUUUCAAAUCGCGAUUUACUUCGUGUUUUUCCAUCUUAAAUCCUUGAAGUAAUUUCAUUUUAUCAAAAUACCUUUGAAACCCACUGGAUAUGAAAUCAUCCCAUUUUUAAACUCUACAAAUAUAAUUCUUCUUUUCUACGUGAGACCCCAUUUUAUUAAUGAUAUGCUCUUUUACGCACUGAAACCCAAAAGUGACAGAAUGUAGAUAUUUCAUAUUCUCGAUGUUUUGAGACCUGAACUUAUGGUUCCGAAAAUUCUCCAAAUGAAGUUUAAUUACAUGCAUGUGACAAUCUACACAGCAUCAGCAACAAGAAAAGCAACAGAAGGAACAGCAGCAACAAUAACAAAACAACAAUCCUUUAUAAUUCCAAGUCGCCAUUUUGUCUCUGAAAUUAAACCAAAUGAAAGGACCGAAAUCGUUAUUUUAUUCUAAAUCUAAACUAUGUGUAAAAGAAAUGAACAACAAAAAAAUAGUAUUUCCCUUUAUGUGAGAAGCACGACUGUUUCAUGUGUCUUAAAUGUGGUUCACUGAUAAUGAGUAUUCGAAUUUACAGCAAUUUCAAUAGUAUUAAAUCAAUAAAUACUUCCAAUUUAAUUAACGUAUUCAUAUGGCAUUAUUAUUAAUGUUCCACGAUGAAUACAAGGACAGACAAUCUUACUUAAUUAACAGUUUAUAUUAUUUAUGCCAUACCAAGCAUUUGCUUUGCCACAAUCAGGAUGUGAAAAAAUAAUAGUAAAGCAGCUUCGUGGAAGAAAGAAUAUUAAAACGAAAUCUUCAAUUUUGAAAAGGUUAAUUCAUUUUUACAAACAUCAAGUAACCAUUCCGUCUCAGACAUUUCAUUUUCAACAAUUGGUGCAGACUGGAAUAUUGAAACAAUCUGAUUCUCUGUUCUGCUUGUAGGCUAAUAUUGUAUUAUCUAAGCUCUGAAACUAAGAUAUAUUUUAAACGGUAAAGACCGUUGUCAGGGCUGACUUUUUAUCUACCUCUUUUUUUCUUUCUGUUUCUCUUUCUCUAUUCUCCUUCUCUUCCUCUAUUCUCCUUCUCUUCCGGAUUCGAUUUAUAUGCAUGUAUGUAUAAGCAUAUAACGGAGAAAGAGGCUGAGAUAAAUCAUUCAUUAAUUAAGUGAGUAUUAUUGCAGUGGAUUCCAAGAACAUAAAAUGAGUUAUUCAAUACUAUAAUAUGAAAAGAAAUUGAGAAGGUUAAAUUAAAUAACAUACUUACUGAAAAAUGGUAUAUAUUACCGAUCCUGUUUAAACAUGAGAAUAAUUUAUGUAGAUAUUAAUUAAAAUAAAUAAUUAAAAAUAAUAAGUUAUCAAUUGUUUUAAUCCAAUAUAUGACGAUUAAAGAAUUGCUAUCCCUUAAUUGUUACUGGCAUUUGCGAAAUAACGUAUUUGCCAGUAAAUACUGCUUAGCUCCGAUUUUAUCGGGGAAUGAGCUCACUUAUUGAAGACCCUGAGAUACCUUUAGUCGGCAUGAAUAACCACAAGUGUCGUUCGUAUUCAAGCACCAACAAUGAAGAUAUCAAGGCCAAUUCUCACAGUAUUACCAGCAUCCGUCGAUACGGAACAGUUGGUAAGCGCUUGGCUAUUCGGCGCGAGCUUUAUCAGAAGAGACGCCGUAUGGGCGAUAUCUCCUUGUUGUUGGCUACCUUCGGAACCGUCCUCAUGAUGAUUGAACUCGAGUUGUGCCUUUUUUCCGUCAUUGAUAAAGCUUCAGCAAUGUCGUUCUUUGUCAAGGUCGGCAUUUCAGUCUCCACAGUUAGCCUUUUAGUGGUGCUGGCUCUUUACCAUCGGGUUGACAUUCAAUUGUUUACCAUAGACAAUUGUGUUGAUGAUUGGUGUCUCGCUAUCGAUAGGACUCGUGUGCUCAAAAUAGGAAUAGAAAUGUUAAUAUGUAGUGUGCACCCGAUUCCUGGCACUUAUAUGAGCAGCAACCGCCAAGAAAACGCUGCACCUCAAUCUUCUUUAGCAUCGUCCACAAUAUCCUCAGGGACUCUAAACUCAUCUGCUCUAACUUUCGAGAUUCCUUCGUAUGAUGUAUUCCUAGCUCUACCCAUGUUCUUGAGGGUGUACCUUUUGUGUCGAAGUGUUAUGCUGCAUAGCAGACUUUACGAAGAUGCUUCUUCUCAGAGUCUUGGUGCACUUAAUCGAGUCCACUUCAAUUUUGCCUUCAUUUUUAAAUCUUUUAUGUCUCUACAUGCUGAGCAUGUGCUUAUUAUGAUAACUAUUAUAGCAUUCCUCAUUAGUAGUUGGUGUUUGCGUCUUUGUGAAAUCCAAUUUCGUCCGACAGAAGCUACAAUGUUGAAUUCAAUGUGGCUUAUUGCUGUCACAUUUCUAUCGGUCGGUUAUGGAGAUAUAGUACCCAUAUCAUAUUGCGGUCGGGGUAUAGCUGUCAUUACAGGAAUCAUAGGUGCUGGCUGCACCGCUUUAGUGGUAGCCGUCUUAGCGCGGAAACUAGAAUUAACACGAGCCGAGAAAUAUGUGCAUGAUUUCGUCAUAGAUGCAGAUCUGAACAAACGAAUCAAACACGAAGCGGCUAAUGUGCUAAGAGCUGGUUGGUUAAUCUACAAGGCCAAUAAAAACAACGCUUCAAAGCGUGCCAUCAACGAACACCAACGUAAGAUGUUACGCGCCAUCUACCACAUUCGUGAGCGGAAAGCACAACAACGAAGAUUGCUGGAUAGUACAGUAACGCUUGUUGAAGUGAACAAAGGCCAGUCAGAUAUGUCUCUUUAUAUAGACCAAUUACGUAAUAAACAACAAGCUAUGGAAGAACAAAUUCUGAACAUUAAAUGUGCAGUCGGAGGAAUACACGAGAAGUUAGAUGGACUAUAUUAUAUCUUGAAUAAACCAACAUUAUGAGACAAAAAAUGAAAGGGAUGUGCGAAGAAUAAAGGAAAACAAAAACGAGGCUGUGUUAACUCUGCUUAUAUAUAUAUAUAUAUAUAUAUAUAUAUAUAUAUAUAUAUAUGGAUAUGGAUCCUAAAAACAAUAUUCUAUUUAUAUUCAUAGUUUUUAUUAAAAUAAAUCUCAAAGGAAGGAAAACAGAAUUUCCUCAGCAAUAGGUUCAAAACUCAGAUUCUAAAUUCAUGAUGAGACUGAAGUACGAAAGAUUUUACAUAUGAAUGGAAUAGAAUAUGUAAAAGAAAGAAAAAAGAAUGAAUAUUAAUCUGAAAGAAA